AUGAUUCGGCAUGGAAUUUUUGGUCGUCACAAUUUCGAUUUAAUUAAAUAUCCAAAAUUCACUUCGUGCACAUCAUUCAAGGGUUGUAAAGUUAAAGAAUUUAGUUUAUUUACAAAUUUAUCGACUCGACAUGGAAUCAGCACGAGUAAUGACCGUAAAAGAGCAAAAGAAGAAAUUAUUGAAACCACUGUUAAACCAAUUAAAAUGGCUUACACUUCCUACGAGCUGACUCAAGAUAACGAAGAAGCCGAUUAUCCUAUAAUAAUUAUGCACGGAUUACUCGGAUCGAAAACAAAUUGGAAUUCGCUAUCGAAAGCCAUCCAUAAUAAAACAAAGAGAAAAGUAGUAGCAGUAGAUGCCAGAAAUCAUGGAGAAAGUCCUCAUACAACAGAAUUAACAUAUAAUCAUUUAGCUGCCGAUAUAAAAGCAUUAAUGAGUGAUUUAUCAUUUCAAAAAGCAAGUUUGAUUGGACAUUCGAUGGGAGGUAGAGCAGUCAUGUUAGUAGCUCUUAGAUAUCCAGAACUUGUAAAAGAGCUUAUAAUAGUUGAUAUAUCACCGUUGAGAACUAGUCCAAACUUAAGACAACUCAUGAAAUGUUUCGAAGCCAUGAGACUCGUUAAAAUAGAACCCAAGAUACCAUUAUCUUCUGCUAGAAAAUCUGCAGAUAUUAUCAAAGACAUGUUUAUUAUAUUAUUUAAGAAUCCAGGAUUGAGACAAUUUUUAUUGACAAAUUUGGUUGAAGGAGAAGAUGGUAAAUAUAAAUGGAGAGUUAAUUUAGAUUCUAUAACUAGUAAUUUUUCUACAAACAUUUCAAAUUUUCCAAAUAUAAAAACAACUUUCGAUGGACCAACAUUAUUCAUUGGCGGUUCCAAUUCGGACUAUCUUCUUAAAGACGAAGAAAACGAUAUUAGAAAAUUAUUUCCGAAAGCUACAUUUUCAUACAUUCAAGAUGCUGGUCAUUGGGUACAUUCUGAAAAACCGGAUGCAUUUUUAAAAUUAGUUACAUCAUUUAUACAAAACCAAGGUAAAAUUAAUUUCAAUAAAUGA